GAAACGACGGCUGGCAGCAGUUGCUGCGCCUACGUAUUCGCUGGCUGGGCGAGAGCUGCUCUGCGCUCGGCUACGUGGCUGCCAUCCACGGCACGCGAGCGAGCAGUGGACGAGGUAAAACAUGCGUUUGCUUCCCGUGCCCUCUGCCGGUACUGGACAAAGACCGGGAACACGUGCUGCGUAUAGACCCCACGACUUCAUGAUCCCCGCGCCGUGCGCGGUUCGGCGACACAGCGUGAAACGUGGACAAUGAGUGGUGAGUGUGAGGCGUAUAGAACCGUCAGGGACGUGCAGUGUUGUCGGCUGGAAAAGUGACGGAAAAUCUGUUUUAACGUGAUCGCAGCAGCGUACUUCCAUAGACCACGAAAAUGCUAUUGACGGAAGAAGUGUGUAUUGUCAUCAAGUAGCGAACGGAAGAGGUGUGCUUUGUCAUCAAGUCGUAUUGCCAACUGUAGGAUUGUCAUCAAGUAACCCUUACCCUAACCAAUGAGUGAAUCACCAAUUUGCAAGACUAUACUGGAAUAAGCUACGACUACUGUUUCUAGUUACGAUUUUGAUGGUGUGUAGAGAUGUAAUGAAAUCCCCAAGUUCCUUGGGAGAAUAGUUUUAAGGGGAAGACCCGACCAGGUGAAUUGCUGUUGGGCUAUUUGGACGGGGCAGAGGUGGGAGGAAACUGACUCAAGAAGCACGUGCGGCAAAAGGAUGACAUUUGACGCUUUCUCGCACAAGAAGGCAGUCUGAGUCGUCAACCUUGCAACCCACGAAAAGAGCCAUGACGCAAACAUACAGCUAUGGUGCCAUGGAAGAGGACACUGACUCGGAGAGACGGGUGACCAGGCAUCUGUCCUUGUCUGUCGUUGAUAUCGCUGAUGAUAGACCUCUGCUGAGCACUCGCACGGCAUGUUGUGAGAGACUUACAGACAAGGUGUGGUUGGUUCCGGUUUUGUACACUCACUUCUUCAUGGCAGCUGGUACAAUGAUGAAUAUGGCGUUCUACCCACCGUUGGCGUCGUCCCGGGGCCUGGCAGCUUGGAAGUUCGGCUUCGUCUUCUCAGCCUACAAGGUUGGGAUGCUGCUCGGUGCCUUUAUCUCGGAACGAGUCGUGUACAAAGCAUCACCUAGGGCGGGAUACUUAGGAGGCCAAGGUGGCCAGGUCAUAUGUCUCGUGCUUUUUGGAGCACUGUACUGGAUCAAUGGUGCGGAGGAGUUGCUAGCCUGGUCCAUGAUAUUCGCCUUGGCGUGUAACGCGACAGCUGUCAUGUAUUUUGCUAGCAUGUUCGCUGUCCAAACAUCUGUAUUCAGAGACAAGGCUGGCCUUCUUAUUGCUAGCUUGGAGUUCCUCUUCGGCCUCGGUGGCUUGGUGGGAGCCGUCAUAGGCGGAGCACUGAUAGAUCUCUGGGCCUACCCACUACCUUACUUUGCGGUUGCGGCCAUGCUUUGUCUGUCGCUGCCUUUCAUGACAAUGAUAAGGCCGCAGUGGAAAAGAGAAGCGGCAAUGGAAAACAAGCGGAAACUCGUGACAUCAGCGUACUUCAAGCUGCUCACGAACCCAUCCUUUCUGACUGACAUGAUAACAGCAGCGAUACCACUAGGAAUGAUGGCUUUCAACGAAGAUACAUUGGAGCCAUACUUAAGAAAUUUUCAUCUGACCAAUACACAGAUAGGCCUAGUCUUCACGGUGCAGUGCGUCGGAUACUGCACGGGGUCACUGCUAUCAGGAUAUUUCUCCAUUAACAAGUUGGAGACUACUUCUAUGUUUCUAGGGACGACACUCUGUGCGAUUUCAUACCUCAUGAUUGGUCCUGCCCCGUUCAUAAAUAUGGAACCGAGUCUAGGCCUCAUGUACUUGUCAUGCGCCCUCAUGGGACUAGGAGGGGCAGCGCUCUUCACCUGUGGUUACAUGCAUGGACUUCGUACAGCCAUCCUCAGCGGAUAUCCGGACGACAUUCGCACGAACAGUGUCGUGGCCUCCAUAGUAUUUGUCAACAUGUUCCUCAGUUCAGUUGGUACAGCCCCACUGGCGGGAUAUCUGACCCAGGAGUUCGGAUACAGGGCAGCAUCGACGGCAUUGUCAGGAUUCUUAUUUACUUGGAAUGUACGCCUCUGUUCCUACUUAAAUUACCCUCCAACACCAAAGAGCAAUGUUCAUUGCAUGUUCAUGAGUUUUCUAUGUGAUUUUAUCUGUCAAUGAAACCACGGACACCAAUAAAAAAAUAUGGGAGUCCUUGUAUGCCUUCCGUCCACAUACUGCAAUCCUCAUAACGUCCCCAUUUUACAUUUCUAAACCUUGUCGCAGCGAAGUGGCCCUUCAGUGAACUAAUCUUGUCGCCAAAACAAACCCACUCAAAUAUACUAUUCAACAAUAUGGAACGGCCCUGGAGCUUCGCCAGCCUAGUUCUCGCUGUGAUCUCUCUGGUAAUCAAAGAGUUGUGUUCACCCGUACGAAACUUCCUGAAUAACCUGAAUCAUGCCUGAUUCCGGGCACUAUCCGGCUGAUUCCGGCGGAAUCCGGCACUGUUCAGGCACUAUCAGGACAUUCCGGCAUAGGUCCAGCCGGAUUCCGGACGCCCCUUUCCUGAAUCCGCCUGAAUAUCGCCUGAACCAAACCGGAAGGACGUGCCUGAUACUUGGUCGUCAACCGGGAUUCCUUUGACAACCUUUGAAAAUAUUUCAAGUGUGGCAAUAGAUAUUACGUAACAUGAUUACAGAGAUCCUCGAUCACGUUGCCCUCAAAGUCUCGAAUUAUUAAAUUAUAUGUAGCGUAUCUACGACCGUUAUCGACAGAAUCCUGCAAAACAUUUUUUCCCGAUUAUAGCAGCAGCAGAAACUGAAAUACAUUCAAGGUGAGCAAAUACUCGUGCUGUGUACAUUAUUUCGAGAUCCCGUGCAUGGCCAGUCGAACCAGCGAUGAGAUGAUGUGAUGGCAGGAUGGUCAGGUGAAGUGACCUUGGUAGCGCGGGACUAUGUUAAGCUUAUGUUUGACGUAAAACCACGAAUUAGUAUUAAUUGUUAUUGCUCAGAUAACUUUCUGGGCAGGGAAAAGGGACACCAGUGAAUGCCGGAAAUGCACAGUAUG